UGGUGGAAGCUGUCAGUCAGUGCCAGGCUGCAGAGGGGCUCCAGAGAGAGGGAGAUGUCAGAGGCUGAGCUGCCUCCUCCCUUCAGUAGCAUUAGUGGGGUUCAGCAGCCAGCAUGGCCACAGCUGCCUCCAGCCCCUACACCCUGCUCAACCCCAGCUCCAUGAUCCACGCGGACAGCCAGGCCAUGCAGCCUGCUAGUCCCUACAGAGGACACCAGAAACUGCUUCAAAGCGACUACCUGCAGAGCGUCCAGAGCAACGGGCACCCCCUCGGGCACCAGUGGGCAAGCAGCCUGUCGGAGGGCAGCCCCUGGUCAACUUCUAUGGAGCAGCAGGACGUGAAGCCUGGCAGAGAGGACCUGCAGCUUGGCAUCAUCCAUCACCGCUCCCCGCACGUCUCGCAUCACUCCCCACACCACAACAACCACGGAAACCACCCGGGAGCCUGGGGGACCCCGGUGUCCCACAACUCCUCCAUCACCAGCGCACAGCAGAUCAACAUCUAUUCCCAAACGGGUUUCACCGUCAACGGCAUGCUGGACCACGGUGGCCUCACGCCUCCGGCCAACCCACCGGGCCAAGGCAUGCACCCGGGCCUCAGGGACACUCUUAGCCCCGAGCACAGCGACCUCGGCGGGCACCACUGCCACGACCACUCGGACGAGGAGACGCCGACCUCGGACGAGCUGGAGCACUUUGCCAAGCAGUUCAAGCAGAGGAGAAUCAAGCUGGGCUUCACGCAGGCGGACGUGGGUCUGGCUCUGGGCACGCUGUACGGUAACGUGUUUUCCCAAACCACCAUCUGCAGGUUCGAAGCCCUGCAGCUGAGCUUUAAAAACAUGUGCAAACUAAAGCCGCUGCUGAACAAGUGGCUGGAGGAGGCGGACUCAUCCACGGGCAGCUCCAGCAGCAUAGACAAGAUUGCAGCUCAGGGGAGGAAGAGGAAGAAGAGGACAUCCAUCGAGGUGAGCGUAAAGGGGGUCCUGGAGACGCACUUCCUCAAGUGUCCCAAGCCGUCCGCGCAGGAGAUCACCUCGCUGGCGGACUCACUGCAGCUGGAGAAGGAGGUGGUACGCGUUUGGUUCUGCAACCGGCGGCAGAAGGAAAAGAGAAUGACGCCGCCCGGGGAGCUGCCGCCGCCGCACGAGGGACCUUACUCGCACAGCGGGAGCGCGGGGGACACGUCCUCGUGCCACGAUCUCUGACCGCGUGAGGAGGAACUCCGGUUACAGACUCUGGAGCGAAGGGACGCAGGCGCGGGGAGAGGGACCACCUUCCUGCCUCCGCUGCCUCCGCUGCCUCCGCCGCCUGUCCCAGUACAGACUCCCGCAGCUGCCUCCAGCACUAAAUCCCAAUAAGAAUAACGGAGAAAUCCACUCAGCCUUCGUCCUUUUUCUAACUGUCAUGAGGGCAUUAUUACAUCACAUUUCAGAUCCCUUUUGGAGCUCGCUUUGUUUUCUCCAUCACGGAUAUAAAUACAAAUAUGUGCCUGAUUAUAUACCUGCCAGCGCCUUUGGUUUGUGUCACCAUUUCCCAUCAGCUCUAUAAUAAUUGCUAACAUGGGAACUGAUGUCUUGUUUUGUCUUGUUGGGCUUUUUCCCCCACAGACUGUUUCAUUUGGAUAUUCAGUGGCGUCAAACUAAAAACAAAAUCCCUUUUUUGUUAACUGAUUUGUUGCUAUUUUUACAACAAAACUGUAAUUAUGUUUUUUUUUUUUUUUUCCAUAUGCAAACAUUAUAUCAGAUGUAGUGAUUCUGCAACAUAAAACCACUUGGAGUUUUUUUUUCAUUUCCUCCUCUCCCUCAUUCUCAUCUAUUUUUCAAUUCAUUAUUUUGUUUUUGUUGUGUUUUUUUUAUUUUUAUAUAUUCCGACCAUAAAAACUGUGUGUGAAACAAACAGAGCCGGGAAUAAUUCAAAAGAUGGGGGGUUUAAUGACGCUGUACACCUGCCUAUAAUUUUACUGUACGAUCAGUAUCCCAAAAUUUUUUAUAAUCUCCAAUACUCCUGUUAUACUCGGUUCAGUAUUUUUCUCCGAUAUUGUACAGUUUUAUAUAUAUCUACCAUUUUCGAGUCAUUAAUUUAAGCAAAUUAUGUUAGUUUAUUCAUGCACUUAAUUAGCAAUGUUUUGAGAGAAAAAAAAGCAAAGAAAGAAGAAAAACAGCCUAUUUUCAUUAAGAUGGAACAGUUUGGCCGCUUUUAUUCCAAAAUUUCGAUGACAGCUCGAGUAAUUAUUUAUUUUCAGUAUAAAGCUUGUAUUAUGUUUUGAAAUAAACAAUGUAUGUUGUAAUAAACAAUUUCCUGAUA